ACGUGGUCUCCCCGUCCCACGUGUGUUCCUGCAGCUGACAUGGCUCCUCGUCGUUAGCUCGUCGUGUCUCAGCUUCACGUGGGUCUCUCUCUCCUCCCGGGAUUCGAACAUGUCGGGGAAGCCGGAGCUGAAGAUCAACCCGCGGUUUGCGCAGAACUACGACAAAUACCGACAGAGAGAAGAACUCCAGCGGCUGAAGGAUCGAUACGGAGACCGAGCAGAUGACAGCGACUCGGAGUCGUCUGAGUCCAGCUCCGAUGACAGUGAAGUGGAGCUGGACCCUGCAGUCGAAAGAGACUUUUACAGAACGUUGUCGCUGCUGAAGAAGAAAGAUCCAAAGAUCUACGAGAAAGAUGCCAAGUUCUACUCAGAAGGAGCGUCCACCACUGAGGAGAAGCCCUCGACUUCACAGAAAGCAGCGAAGCCCAUGUACCUGAAGGACUAUGAGCGUAAAGUCAUACUGGAAAGAGAAGGAAAAUAUGAUGAUGAGGACGACAGCGAUGACGAAGAGGCCGCCAUGAGAAGAGAGAGAGCUGCCUCCCCGAGCUACAUCCAAGAGCAGAAGCAGCUGAAGGAAAGCUUCCGGAAGUUCAUCCAGGACAGUGACGAGGAGGAAGAGGCCAUGGAGGAGGACGAAGGAGCCCAGCUGCUGACGAGGAGGAUCAAAUCACAGGAGGAGAAGGAUAAAGAAGAGGCGGACUACUUGGAUUGGAUGAAAGGUCAGGGUGAGCUGGACGGUCCAGAGGAGGUGAAGGACAUGAAAUACCUGAGGGACUACUGGAACGACCCGGAGCUGGAUGAGAAGGAGUGCUUCCUGAGAGACUACGUCCUGAACAAGGGCUACAAGGAAGGGGACGACGAGGACCGGAUCCCAACUUACGACGAGCUGGUCCAGGAUGAUGUGAGCGAUUCUGAAGAGGAGGGGGAAUCCUUCUUGCAGCGGCAGGAGGACUUUGAGAAAAACUACAACUUCCGCUUCGAAGAGCCUGACGCCACGCAGAUCAAGACCUACCCCCGAACCAUCGCCACCUCCGUGCGCUCCAAGGACGAGCGCAGGAAACGCAAAAGGGAUGAAGUGAAAGAACGAAAGGACAAGGAAAAAGAGCAGAAGCAGGAGCAGCUGAAGCAGCUGAAGAACUUGAAGCGCAACGAGAUAGUGGAGAAGCUGAACAAGCUGAAGGAGCUGACGGGCAACGAGCAGCUGGCCUUCAGUCAGGUGGACCUGGAGGGAGACUUCAACCCAGAGCAGCACGACCAGCUCAUGCAGAAAUUCUUUGGAGAUGAAUAUUACGGAGGAGAAGAAGAUGAAAAGCCUCAGUUUGAUGAUGAAGACGAUGAAGAGCACUGGAACUGGGACACUUGGACCGGAGAGGGACAAGAGGACGUCUACGAGGGAGAGGGACAUGAUGCCUCUGAGCCACACUGUGACGAUCAAGACUUCAUUAUGGAUGCCGACUUCGACCCGACUCAGCAGCCUGCCUCCAAGAAGAAGAAGAAAAAGGAGAGGAAGAAGAUGAAGAAAGAGGAUUUACCGCAGAUGGGCAAAAAGAGAAAGAAGUCUCACUUUGCCGAGGCCAUCACCCAGAACAAGCCUGUGUUCGAUCCUCAGGAGAAGAGCUUCGAGCAGUACCUGGACGAGUACUACAAGCUGGACUAUGAAGACAUCAUAGACGACCUCCCCUGCAGGUUUCGCUACAGACAAGUCCUCGCCAACGACUUCGGUCUCUCCACAGAGGAGAUUUUACAUGCAAAUGACAUGGAGCUGAACCGGUGGUGCUCUCUGAAGAAGACCUGCAUGUUCAGGACUGACCGGGAGGAGGUGAGUGAUUUGAAAAACUACAAGAUCAAGGCCCUGAAUGAGAAGAAGAGGAAAGAAAUCCUGAGCUCGGUUUAUGCUGAGAAAGAGGAGUUGGCUAAAACCAAGGGGGGGAAGAACAGGAGAGCUCGUCCAAACACUGAGAAGCAAAGCACAUCAGCUGAGAACGGUGACGCCGGCCCAGCCAUGGACUCGACUGAUGAGACGACUGCUCAGGCUCUUGGAGAGGACAGCAAGGAGCAAGAAGACGAGGAAGAGUUCCUGAUACCCAAGAAAGAGACGGAACAGGAAGAGGAACCACAGCCUGCUGCUGUCGAGGCGGCCGAGAAAGUCAUUGAGGUGAAAAACAGGACUGAGAAGCCAAACUGGCCCAAGAAGAAGUUGAAGCACUCGGGUGGACGUCUCCUCUCUGCUCGCCGCGGCCUGACGAUCGGCGGCCGCGAGUUCAGUCGACAGAGACUGAAGGCUUACGGUCUGAACCCCAAGAGACUGUACUUCAAACAGCUCGGCCGACAGCGACGGAAAGAGAGGGAGAAGAUGGAGAAGCAGAAAAACAAGGAGUGAUAACUGCCCCUGAUGAGCCCACUUAUUUUAUGAUUUAACAGCUAAAUACCUUAUGUUAACUUCGUUUCAUAUUGACCAUUAGAUUUCAACAAUUUGUACUAGUUACAAUAGACAAUUUCUACAAAUUCUGGGACCAAGUCUGGAAUCAGCUUCUUGCUUUCAUAUAGUGAACAUUGAGAUUUCAGAAUCUGUAAUAAACAUGCAGGAGAACUGAUUACUGGUGUGUAUUGAUAAAAACACUGAGUCUGAUGAUGAAAGCAAUAAAAUGAGUGUUUGCCAACA